GCUCGCCCUCUGGCGUGUCUGCAGCCUUAUUUAUCGCACACUGAAGUAUAAAACCGCCGGACCGGCUGCAGCUCUCCUCUCCAGCCCUGGCGCUUGCCCGAGCAGACCACGGCGCCCGGGACCCCAGCCGUCUUCUCCGGGAGGCUCAGUGGCUCUGUUGGGAACCAUGUUCGGAAGGCAGCUCGUCUGUUGGCACCUGCUGGCUUUGCUUUUCCUCCCUUUUUGCCUGUGUCAAGAUGAAUACAUGGAGGUGAGCGGAAGAGCUAAUAAAGUGGUGGCAAGAAUAGUGCAAAGCCAUCAGCAGACUGGCCGUAGCGGCUCCAGGAGGGAGAAAGUGAGAGAGCGGAGCCAUCCUAAAACUGGGACUGUGGAUAAUAACACUUCUACAGACCUAAAAUCCCUGAGACCAGAUGAGCUACCGCACCCCGAGGUAGAUGACCUAGCCCAGAUCACCCCAUUCUGGGGCCAGUCUCCACCUACCGGAGGACUGCCCCCAGACUGCAGCAAGUGUUGCCAUGGAGACUACAGCUUUCGGGGCUACCAAGGUCCCCCUGGACCUCCAGGUCCCCCUGGCAUUCCAGGAAAUCAUGGAAACAAUGGCAAUAAUGGAGCCACUGGCCAUGAAGGGGCCAAAGGCGAGAAAGGAGACAAAGGUGACCUGGGGCCGCGAGGGGAGCGUGGGCAGCAUGGCCCCAAAGGAGAGAAGGGCUACCCGGGGAUCCCACCAGAACUGCAGAUCGCGUUCAUGGCUUCCCUGGCCACUCACUUCAGCAACCAGAACAGCGGGAUUAUCUUCAGCAGUGUGGAAACCAACAUCGGAAACUUCUUUGAUGUCAUGACCGGUAGAUUUGGGGCCCCAGUAUCAGGUGUGUAUUUCUUCACCUUCAGCAUGAUGAAACAUGAAGACGUUGAGGAAGUGCAUGUGUACCUCAUGCACAAUGGCAACACGGUCUUCAGCAUGUACAGCUAUGAAACCAAGGGGAAAUCAGAUACCUCCAGCAACCAAGCAGUGCUGAAGCUGGCCAAAGGGGAUGAGGUUUGGCUGAGAAUGGGCAAUGGCGCUCUUCACGGGGACCACCAACGCUUCUCCACCUUUGCAGGCUUCCUGCUUUUUGAAACGAAGUAAUGAAAGUAUGAAUAGACCAGCUCCACUUUGGGGAAGACGUAUAGCUGAGCUGGUAUUGUCAUGAUCUGAGGGACUGUAGAGUUGACGGUUCUACAUAUUAUACUAAAAAAAAUUUUUUUAUUGGUUACAUUGCUAAUCACAGUACAGGUACAUCGGUGAUGUGGGAUGACUCAGGGGCUCAGAAGAAUAACCACAAAACAGUCUUCCCGAGUGACCUUGACUAAUAUACCCAGCAACUUUAUCACCCUUUCCUAGGCACCUAGAAGAGAAUUCCCUUCUUGAUACAGGUUGGACAUGCUUGUCCCCAUCACAGAAGUCAUUUGCAAAGAGUUUUGGCUGCUCUAAUAGCAGCAUUCAAGAACCCCUGAGAUUUUGGGUUCAUCAUUCUUAUAACAUUUCAGAGAAUAGGAUGCUGUGAUUAUGACGGGGCCAAGGAAAGCAGAGGGGGCACGUGCCUGGAUCAAGGCACCAGAAAUAUUUGUAAAGUCUAGACUGAGGAGUGACACUUUGAUCCAGUGGGUCAAUAUUCAUGAAUAAAAUAUAGAUAUUUUUUUAGUAAUUCCGGAUAGCUUGUAGAUAGCAGAAGUAUCCGCAAUGCUCACAAAUAAUUGACUCCUCCUUUUUAAAAUAAGGAUAGUGCUAUAAUUAAAUCUUGACUUCUAAUGGCUUAUAUUUUUGGAAAUAGAAUUUUCCUGUGAUCCGGAAUUGGGCUUACCAUAUCUGGAUUAUCAGAUCGUUCUUUUCCACUGCAUUUCUUACAUUACAGUAGAGCUUUGUUGCCUCUGGCCUGUAGCGAGUGUAGGUCCAUUUAGUACAGAUAUAAUCAGCUACUUUUCUAUCAGAUUAGAAAUUACCCUAAUGUACUUUACACACACAGACUUGGCAUGUCUAAGGAGCUGUAAACCCAAUCAUAUACAGUCAAACUAAUGUAUACAAAAUAUAAAGGCAUUUCACUUAGGAGACAUAUAAUAAAAUUGCUUAAUCUUUUUUAAAAAUGAAAAAUUAUAUGGGAGUUCCUUGGUGGUCCAGUGGUUAGGACUUGGUGCUUUCAAUGCCACAACCCAGGUUUAAUCCCAGGUCAGGGAACUAGAAUCUCACAAGCUGCAUAGCGCAGCCAAAAAAUUUAAAAAUCUGCAUAUUAAAAAAAAAGAUUAUAGGACUUCUUUGAUUACCAUAUUUAAUCAAUAUUCACAGAGCAGGCAUAUCCCUCCCCUAAAAUCAAUUCACAAAGGAUUAAAUUUGCCACCAAAAUGAUACUCAUGAUAAUGUGAUGUAAGUUCUGAUGAUAGUACCCCAAAUUGUUUUAUUUUAAGCAAAGACUCAUUGGAAUAUGCGUUUACCUUGAUGUUGAAUCAUAUUUAAAAUAUACUACGGAGACGUCCAUCUAACAAAAAUUACAUAAUGAAUUCCCUUAGAAGUAAUGAGUCCUUAAUUUAUUUUCUGUUACAAUUUAAUUUUCCACAAAGGCUUUUUAACUAUGAGUUUACGUGUAUUGAUUACCCCCUAUAGCUAGAAGCAGAGAUAAUGAAUUUGAGCUGCCCUUUUAGCUAAUCUAAUGUGUUCUAUGGUCAUGGUCAUGUUGCUCUUUGGCCCUUUCCUUUUGAUCUACAAAUAUUUUGAAGCUUUCUGAAUCCAUAUGCAACCCUAUUUUAAAGCGAAUGGAUAUUAGCUAUAAUGCACUUGACUGGUAAUGUUUUUGUGAUCUUGUGUAUAUUCUCUCUUCUCUACCCUACCCUGGUUUGGGGUCAUGGGGUUGAGGUUUACUCUUACCAAAUGUCAUAAUUUUCCUAGAAGUGCAUUGCCAAUAGAUGUUGCAUAUUGCCCAAAAGGACUUCAUGUUCCAUGCUGCCCAAAAGGACUUUGUAUCUAAAGAGUAUGCAUUACUUAAUAAAGUGACUUAGAGUAAGAUAUUGGCCUGGCUGUAGAUAAAACUGAGGCGAGAGAAAUGAAAGAAGCAUUACAUGGAAAUAAACCCAUUUUUGUUAAAUGUACUGUUUUAGAAUAUUUUUAAUAAAGUUGAAUAGUCUUACAAUUA